AUGAUGCACUUAAAGGUCCUGGUGAUCCUGGCCGGGUGGGCACUCGGCACGGCCAGCCCUGAGCCGGGCUGGACACUCAAGCGGUCCCUGGCUCAGAGGGGACACCCGAGUGAGGUGCCGUCGGCAGGAGAGCGCUGCUGGCUGGGGACCAGGAUCCGGAGACCCAGAGCUUCUCCCCAGCAUCACCUCUUUGGGGUCUACCCCAGCAGGCCUGGCAGCAGCCUGAGGCCCUACCCUGUGGGGGAUCUGGGCGUGCGCCAUGCAGGACGCAGUGCGCCCGCCACCAAGGAAAUGGCCACGAGCAGCGUGGGCCAAGCCCCGACGGCAGGUGCUGUGGUGAGGGCUGAGGCCCAGCAGCCGGCUGCCCUGUGGGCAGGGGCUGAUCCUGUUGGGCAGUCGGAGCUGCUGGCAGAUGAUGACACUUAUCUUGACAAUCGAGGAUCAGAGGAGUCUCUAGGUGAGGCGGGGCCUGGGGAACGCCCAGCCGUGGCUGCCACCAUGACCACCACCUUCAUUACCAGCAGCCAGAGGGAACCCAAACCAGAGACCCAAAGGCAGGGUCUGGCCAAGGCCCGGCGACGUCGCCAGGUGGUGAAGGGGCAGGCAGAGGGCGUGCGGGGAAACCUCGAUGUCUCUCCCCGGCGUUUCCAACCUUGGCCUAAGCGCCCCCUUAUGCACGGGGUGAGAACCAGUCCUUCGGAGGACAAUGUCCAGAGUGGCAAAGGGAACCCCUCCCGGGAAGCAGAGACCUCAGACUCCCACAGAGGAGGAUUGCCCGUCUUGUACUUCUCGGGGAGGCGGGAGAGGCUGCUGCUGCGUCCGGAAGUGCUGGCUGAGAUUCCCCGGGAGGCAUUCACAGUGGAAGCCUGGUUGAAGCCGGAGGGAGGUCAGAGCAACCCAGCCAUCAUCGCAGGUGUGUUUGAUAACUGCUCCCACACAGCCAGUGACAAGGGCUGGGCCCUGGGGAUCCGCCCAGGGAAGGACGCGGGAAGGCGAGAUGCUCGCUUCUUCUUCUCCCUCCGCACCGACCGCGUGAAGAGGGCUACCACGGUGAUUGGCCACAGUCGCUACCAACCAGGCACGUGGACGCACGUGGCAGCCACUUAUGACGGACGGCGGAUGGCCCUGUAUGUGGAUGGCACGCGGGUGGCUAGCAGCCCAGACCAGUCCGGCCCCCUGAACAGCCUGUUCAUGACGUCAUGCCGUUCUUUGCUCCUGGGGGGAGACGGCUCCGAGAAAGGGCAUUAUUUCCGUGGACACCUGGGCACACUGGUCUUGUGGUCAAUGGCCCUCUCACAGAGCCACCUCCAGCACAGUCCUCAGCAUCCAAGUGGGGUGGACGAGUUGACCACCCUGAUGCUGACAGCCAGUUUUGAGCCCCUGGAAGAACAGUGGGUCCCCUUUAGAGAUGACAAGUACCCGCGGCUUGAGGUUCUCCGGGGCUUUGAGCCAGAGCCCGAGAUUCUGUCACCUCUGCAGCCCCCACCCUGUGGACAGACAGCGUGUGACAAUGUAGAACUGAUCUCCCAAUACAAUGUUCACUGGCCCUUACGGGGAGAGAAGGUGAUCCGUUACCAGGUGGUGAACAUCUGUGACGACGAGGGCCUGAACCCCACCGUGAGCGACGAGCAGAUCCGCCGGCAACACGAGGCGCUCCGCGAGGCCUUCGGCCGCUACAACAUCACCUGGCAGCUGAGUGUCCACCAGGUCCACAACUCCACCCUGCGCCACCGCGCUGUGCUCGUCAACUGUGAGCCCAGCAAGGUCGGCAACGACCACUGUGACCCCGAGUGUGAGCACCCGCUCACGGGCUACGAUGGGGGCGACUGCCGCCUGCAGGGCCGGUGCUACUCCUGGAACCGCAGGGAUGGGCUCUGCCACGUGGAGUGCAACAACAUGCUGAACGACUUUGACGACGGGGACUGUUGUGACCCCGCGGCGGCCGACGUGCACAGGACCUGCUUCGACCCUGACUCGCCCAGGAGGGCCUACAUGAGUGUGAAGGAGCUGAAGGAGGCGCUGCAGCUCAACAGCACGCACUUCCUCAACGUCUACUUUGCCAGCUCAGUGAGGGAAGACCUUGCCGGUGCCGCCACCUGGCCUUGGGACAAGGAAGCCGUCAGUCACCUGGGUGGUGUCGUCCUCAACCCGGCCUAUUAUGGGAUGCCUGGCCACACCAACAUCAUGAUCCACGAGGUGGGGCAUGUCCUGGGACUCUACCAUGUCUUCAAAGGCGUCAGUGAAAGAGAGUCCUGUGAUGACCCCUGCAGGGAGACGGUGCCCUCCAUGGAUACCGGGGACCUCUGUGCCGACACCGCCCCCACCCCCAAGAGUAAGCUGUGCCGCGACCCAGAGCCCACCAACGACACCUGCGGCUUCACCCACUUUCCUGGGGCUCCGUUCAGCAACUACAUGAGCUACACAGAUGACAACUGCACUGACAGCUUCACCCCCAACCAGGUAGCCCGCAUGCACUGCUAUUUGGACCUUGUGUACCAACAGUGGAGCGACAGCCAGAAGCCCACCCCCAUUCCCAUCCCACCCGUGGUCAUUGGGCAGACCAGCGAGUCGCUCACCAUCCACUGGCUGCCUCCCAUCAGUGGAGUUGUGUACGACAGGGCCCCGGGCAGCAUGUGUGGCGGCUGCGCUGAAGAUGGGGCGUUUCGUCAGUAUGUGCACGCGGCCUCCUCCCGGCGCGUGUGUGACUCCUCAGGCUACUGGACCCCAGAGGAGGCAGUGGGGCCUCCAGAUGUGGACCAGCCCUGUGAGCCAAGCUUGCAAGCCUGGAGUCCUGAGCUCCACCUGUACCAUAUGAACAUGACCGUUCCCUGCCCUGCAGAAGGCUGUAGCCUGGAGCUGCUCUUCCAGCAUCCGGUCCAAGCUGACACCCUCACGCUGUGGGUCACCUACCUCUCCAUGGACUCCUCCCAGGCACUCUUUGACACAGAGAUCUUGCUGGAACACCAGGAGUCUGUGCACCUGGGCCCCCUAGACACUUUCUGUGACACCCCACUCACCAUCAAACUGCACGUUGACGGGAAGGUCCUGGGGGUGAAGGUCUACACCUUCGAUGAGCGAAUGGAGAUCGACGCAGCGCUCCUGACCUCCCAGCCCCACAGUCCCCUGUGUGCAGGCUGCAGUCCUGUGCGGUACCAGGUUCUGCGCGAGCCCCCGUUUGCCAGCGGCUUACCCAUGGUGGUGACGCAUCCUCAUCGCAAGUUCACGGACCUGGAGGUCUCACCGGGGCAGGCGUAUCAGUACCAAGUCCGAGCGAUGGCCGGAGCGGAGCUGGGAGAAGCGUCGCCGCCUCUGAGCCAUGUCCACGGGGACCCUUACUGUGGAGAUGGGAAGGUGGCAGGGCACCUGGGAGAGCAGUGCGAUGAUGGAGGCCUCCGGAGCGGGGACGGCUGCUCGAGGACGUGCGCCCUGGAGGCGGGCUUCCGCUGCGUCGGGGAGCCGAGCCUGUGCUACGUAUUUGAGGGAGAUGGGGUAUGCGAACCUUUUGAGAAGGAAACCAGCCUCGCAGACUGCGGCCUCUACACUCCCAGCGGACACCUGGAUCAGUGGGCGAGCCAGGCGUACUCUGCCCAUGAAGACAAGCACAAGUGUCCUGUUUCCUUGGUAACAGGAAAACCUCAUUCCAUGGUUUGCACAUCAUACCGUCCAGGUUCACCAGAGCACCUUUCCCCUCCUGGCUGGCUUCCCUGUGUGCCCAGAGGAGGCAGACCUCGGGACGAAGGCACUGAGCAGCAGGAAGGUAGCCUGGAGAGAGAGGACGGGAUCUGGCUCAAAGUGUGUUUCGAUAGGCCAGGGGUGGCCACGGCGAUUUUUAUUUUCCUGACUUCUGAUGGCCUGGUGUCUGGCAAACAGCCGCCGACAGUGACCCUUCACCUGACUGACGUCAGUGGAAACAACCACUCUCUCGGAACCUACGAACUGUCAUGCCAGCGCAACCCACUGGCUAUCAAUGUGAGCCACCACCCGCAAGUCCUCUUGCACCGCACCGCCUCCGCGCUGCUGAACUUCUCCUCCUCAUUGGUGGGCAUCUCAGCGGUGGCUCUGAGGACAUCCACCCACAUACGUCCUUCAGUCCCCAAUAACUGCGCCUCAGAGCAGGAGGAGCAAAACCACCUGGGACAGAGCUGUGUCCACCGGCCCUGCGGGGAGCAGAGCAGCUGUGCGCCGCUGCUGCUUGAUCACACGGAUGUGGUGAACUGUACCUCUGGUGGCGCAGGUCACAUGAAGUGCGCUGUCACCUGUCAAAGGGGGUUUGCCCUUCAGGCCAGCAGUGGGCAGUACCUGAGGCCCGUGCAGAGGGAAAUCCUGCUCACGUGUUCCUCCGGACACUGGGACUGGGCAGUGAGCUGUGCGCCCCUCGACUGUGGUGUCCCCGACCCGUCUCUGGUGAAUUACGCGAACUUCUCCUGCUCUGAGGGAACGACCUUCCUGAAACGCUGCUCCAUCUCCUGUGUCCCUCCAGCCAAGCUUCAAGGACCGAGCCCGUGGCUGACCUGCCUGGAGGACGGGCUCUGGUCGCUCCCCGAGGCCUACUGCAGGCUGGAGUGCGCCGCGCCCCCCGCCAUCCCGAACGCCAGCCCGCUCCUGCCGCACUGCCUCCAGGGCCACCAUGACGUGGGCUCCACCUGCAGAUACGAGUGCAGACCUGGCCACUACGUGGUGGGAAGCGUGGAGAGCCAAGUCAGGAACAAGUUCCUGAAGAUCCAGUGUCUGGAGGAUGGGACCUGGGAGCAAGGCAGCUGCGUCCCAGUGGUGUGUGAGCCCCCGUCUCCUGUCUUCGAAGGCAUGUAUGAAUGUACCAAUGGCUUCGAGCUCGACAGCCAGUGUGUGCUCACCUGUAACCAGGAGAGUGAAAGGCUGCCCAUCCUCUGCACUAAGGAGGGACGAUGGACUGAAGAGUUCAAGUUGUGUGAGAAGCUGCGAGGGGAGUGUCCCCCGCCCCCCUCGGAGCAGAAUUCCGUGGAGUACAAGUGCGCACAGGGAUAUGGCAUCGGUGCAGUGUGCAUCCCAUCGUGUGUCGUGCCCCCGAGCGACCCCGUGAUCCUGCCUGAGAACAUCACUGCUGACACUCUGGAGCACUGGAUGGAGCCCGUCAGAGUCCAGAGCAUCGUGUGCACCGGGCGGCGUCAGUGGCACCCAGAUCCUGUCCUGGUCCACUGCAUCCAGUCGUGUGAGCCUUUCCAGGCAGAUGGCUGGUGUGACACCAUCAACAACCGGGCCUACUGCCAUUACGACGGGGGCGACUGCUGCCCCUCCACCCUCUCCUCUAAGAAGGUCAUCCCGUUCGCGGCUGACUGUGACCUGGACGAAUGCACCUGCCGAGACCCCAAGGCGGAGGAGAACCAGUGACUGGGGACGGAGCCCCUCCCGCUGCCCUGGAGGCAGGAAGAAAGGGAGGGCCCCACAAAGGGAAACCAAAGGCAAAUGGAGAAGGAAGCUC